GAAAGACCCAAAUCAAAGUGGGGAAGCAGCUGCGAGCCCAAAAACCCAAUCCCAUUCCCUCUGGAAUCUCCUCUCCAUCUCUCUCUUCUUCCAUUAUCGCCGGAUUCAGAGACUUCCGUUGACGCCAUAGGAAGAGAGAUUUAAGAGGGGAAGGGAACUUAGCAUCUGGUGAUUAGUAAUCCGCCCAGAGGGAUUAGCAAAAGGGGAGGAGUAGUUUUAGCAAUGGCGGAGGAUCUGGUUCUGGACACGGCGAUCAGAGAUUGGGUUCUGAUCCCGCUCUCCAUCGUCAUGGUUCUCAUCGGCGUGCUUCGUUACUUCGUCUCCAAGCUCAUGCGUUCCACUCAGGUCCCCGACGGCAAGAUCGUCAAAGAAGGGCAAGUGAUCGUUAGGGCUCGGAAUUUGAGGGCGGCGGCGAAUUUCAUUCCUGCCAAGUCAUUUCGCGCUCGUCGAGCUUAUUUCAGUAACGAGGAGAAUGGACUGCUGCAUGUUCCUAAAGGGCAAGCUCAGAACCCACAAGCGCAAAUGUUCUCUGAUCCGAACAUGGCCAUGGAUAUGAUGAAGAAGAAUUUGUCUAUGAUUAUACCUCAGACUCUUACUUUCGCCUGGGUCAACUUUUUCUUCUCUGGAUUUGUUGCAGCCAAGAUACCCUUUCCACUGACUCAGAGGUUCAGAUCAAUGCUCCAAAACGGGAUUGACUUGAGUACUGUUGAUGUUAGCUAUGUCAGUAGCCGAUCAUGGUAUUUUCUUAAUUUAUUUGGGUUGAGGGGCUUAUUCAGUCUUAUCCUUGGAGAAGAUAAUGCCACUGAUGAUGCUCAGCGCAUGAUGCAAAUGAGUGGGUUUGGCUUUGAUCCAACGAAGAAUUUGGGUGCCGAGAAAGAUGGGCUCGAUAUAGUUCAGCACGAAUGGGCCCUACCAAAGUUUGAGCAGCGUGCAGAAGCAGUCCUUAGAAAGCUUGUAAGUUAAGGUUUUCUGUUGAUUUAUGCAAAAAACAGUCUCUAGUCUUGCAUAGAUCUUCUGUGAGCUAGAAAAUUGACUGGACUAGAACAAUUACCCGCGAGCCCAGUGAAUCGAUCCUUGUAUUUGGGAUUUUUGUUUCUCAAGAUUAUAUGAUCAGUGAGAAAAUUCCACCCUGCUUACUGUAGUUUGUUUCUCUUACCUCUUGAAAACAAAGGGCACACAGUUCAUGAUAGUUCAUCAGAUUUGUAUGAAAUCGUAUGGCGAACAUAUGAACACAUAUUGAUUUUGUUGCUCCAUUGCUGUAGGAAACUGCACCUUGUAUGCACACUGUCUUCAAUAGUUUCUCACUGAAGCAUGAGUUGCAGGCUUGUAUUAUAUUGUUUGGUUUCUGAUUGUCGGAUAAUGACCAUGAUCAUCUCUUCAGAAGAAAAAUAAAACCAGUUGGUAUCUUGGUAGAA